UCAUGAACAAAUCUCCAGAGCAGUGUAUCUUGGCAAAAGCAUUAUAUGAUAACCAUGCGGAAUGCGCUGAUGAAUUGGCUUUCCGGAGAGGAGACAUCCUGACCAUUCUAGAAAAGAAUGUCCCAGAAAGUGAGGGCUGGUGGAAGUGUUCACUUCAUGGUCGACAAGGGCUGGCCCCUGCAAAUCGUCUCCAUCUCCUCACUGAUUCUCAAGAGGGAGGACUUUCUCUCUCCUCCCAGAACAGCUUGGAAGAAUUACCCAGCAGUCCAGAAGAGACUUGUCAUGUGCCUUCUGAGCUCAAUAGACCUGCUCCACCAGGUGUAUAUGAGCAGAUGGUUGGUUGGGUAAAGUUACCCCAGCCUGUAGUUUCUUCUGCUGCUGAUCAAGUGUAUGAACAACCUGCACCACUGACCACAGCGAAAAUUUUCACUGAAAAGACUCUAACCUUUGCUAAACAGGACCUCUUUACACUUCCCAGACCAAUUCCAAUCUUGUUAUCAACUAUUAAUUCACAAGUUUAUGAUGUUCCAUCCCCACAAAGUCAAGGUCGCUUGAUUCCUAAGGAACAGGAGCAACAGGUAUAUGACAUUCCAGGAAGCUCUGAAAAGGCAGGAAUCCAUGUUCCAACGAGCCAUGUUUAUGAUGUUCCCCCUCCAGCUGCAAGAGUCGUUUCUCUAGGAGAUAUGCCCUGUGUGGUUUCUCCAUCAAUAAAAUCUGUUAGAAAAGGUUGCUAUAAUACUUUGCCCAAUCCUCAGAAGCCUGGAUGGAUUUAUGACACUCCAGUGUCUCCAGAUAAAACAAGUUUGAGAAAAGCAUCCCCAUCAAGUUUCCCAGAACAGAAGGUGCUCUAUGAUAUUCCAUCUCCCAGGUGUACAUCAACCUUGCAAAAUUCACCAAAUGAUAAAUCAAAGACACUCAAACCACGAAUGGAUAACCAGUGCAGUAAUGUACUCCCAAUUCAGAAAAAACACAGUGCCCCAGAAAUCCCUACAUACGCAUUACCACUUCCUCAAGAUAUACUACCCUUGAAACCUAGAAUUGAAUAUGCUGUUCCCCCCAGUUUUCUGAUUCCUCGGGUAGAGCAACAGAACACAAAGCUCAACAUUUAUGACAUUCCAAAAGGGAUGUCUCUUGUCCCUCAAGGUGGGAAAGAUCUUGAAAAGAAAAAUGAUGCUUCAGAAGAUUGUGUUUAUCGUGUUCCCUCCUGGCUACCAAGACAUCCAAGAUCAAUAUCCCCUGAGCCAUCUGAACAAGAUAGACUAUCCAUUUCCAGUGUAGACAGCAGAGGCAGUAUAUCUUCUUGCUCCUCAACUUCUACUGACCCCUCAUCUAUUUCCUCAUCAGAAGAACCAGGCAAAGAGGUUAUGUUGGAUCUGGAGUUGGCCAAAGAUAUGGUGACAGAUCUACAGCACAGAGUAGCUAGUUCCAUAGCAAGUCUAAUGAUCUUUGUGAGCAGUAAGUGGAGAUUCAAAGAAUACCUGGAAGCAAACAUUGAUGAGAUCCGUAGAGCUGCUGAUCACAUCAAGGCCUCGCUGGGAGAGUUUCUGGGUUUUGCCCGAUUGGUCAGUGUGAAUGCUAGCAAUCUCACUGACAAUAACCUUCAAGUCCGAAUAAAAAAGCAACUACAGAUUAUUUCAGAUUCCUACCAGAUUCUCCUAGAAACAAGGGAAGCUCUGAAUAACUGCAAUUGGUCUCUGGACAUUCUUAUUACUGACAAACUUCAGAACAAUCCUGAUGCUCUGGAUAGAUUUGUCAUGGUGGCCCGGACAAUUCCAGAAGACAUCAAGCGCUUUGUCUCCAUCAUCAUUGCAAAUGGGAAGCUCCUUUUUAAACAGAACUGUGAGAAAGAAGAGGCUACUCAGCUCCACAUGAAUACAGAACAUAAAUUUGCAACAUUCACUCAGGUUCCCAGAAAAAAAGAUUUUGAUUUGCACCAAAGAAGUAUUGCUCUUGGUAAACCAAAGGAAAGUGAAUUUUCUCCUGAGCCAUCAAGUAAAAAUAUGAGGAAUGUCUGUGACCAAGAUAAAUCACAGAAGACAACAAACCUGGAAGAAGUACAGAAACCAGUUUUCACACAAGCAGAACUCAAAAAAGACCUUAAAACAAAGAGUCUUUCUCCUACAAACCACAAAGCACUAAGUAGGCAGGAUCCAGAGAAGAAAAUCAACCUUUCAGAACACUGUAGACUUUACUUUGGUGGGCUUCUUAAGGCCAUUGGAAUAUUUAAUACCAGCCUUAGCAAUAACCAGCCACCUGAAGUUUUUAUCACCCAGAGUAAAUUGAUCAUCAUGAUAGGCCAAAAGCUGGUGGACUCCCUCUGUCAAGAGACGAAGGAAAAAGAUGUUCGCAAUGAGAUUCUCUGCAGUAGCAGCCAGCUCUGUGGCUUAUUGAAGAAUCUGGCUGUGGCCACCAAGAAUGCUGUCCUCCAAUAUCCUAAUGAUGCUGCAAUAAGAGAACUUCAAGAGGAAGCAGAGAAGCUGUGUAUACACACGCGACAAGUUAGAGAAACGCUAGAAUGA